CAACGAGGUUACCAGCGCUCUCAACUCGAUUUCUCAAGGUCUGCUUUGGUCAAAUGCCUUUGCCCUUCCACAUAUUAUGCAGCAGGACAAUCACGGACCGCCAGCGAUCACGGGACUCUUCUGCGAUUUGUACAGAUGAAAGACAACAGUUACACCGACUCGUACGGCCGCGGAAACCUUCCCGAUGAUUGUGUCCCGAUAGCGAAACGCGGCACGCUUACUUCUGUCUGCUAGAGCUGGCGUCAUCUUGACCUCUUCCAGUUUUCCAUGCUCAUGCACUGCGCGUCAAUCCCCAUUCCGCUGUAAGGCGAUGCGGGACGAGAACUGGUUGCCAUAUAAGGCGAACAGCGGAGGGCUCAGCGCCAGCUGUUACGCAAUGGGUGCGCUAUGAAAGGUCAGCUGGUCAGGAUGAUUCUCUUGCUCCGCGAAAUGGAUGACCAUGGGCAAUGAAGGCGGCGGCUCACCAAGCCUCCGGUGUUCCGGGAGGAGCCAGCUUCUGCAGUCAGAUAUAGCGCGAAGCUCGUAUUGGGCUGCGCUUCUCGGAGCUCGUCCCGCUCAGUGAGCUCUAUGUCCGGCGAUAGUCUUGGAGACUUUGGGUGGCCAGAUCGGGAUGGUAGCUAUAAAAGCACCUGCCAGCGCAGUCGACGGUCCCUCCUCCCUCGUGUUAUCCAGAGGGCUCAGCUGUACGACUCUGAUUAUCAUUCACGACAUUCUGCUUGAUACCAGCCAUGCCCUCAAUAUUAUCUUUUCCGAACUUCAGUAAAUCGAGGCUGUCUCUCGGUUCUAAGCGCUCAAAAAGACAGAGCCUCACACCCUCUGUCGCUACUUCUGUAUCCACCAUUAGCACCGCAGAAUCGCAGGUCAUUCAACUGGCGGGGUUGACGACACCUUCAUCACGCAUGACUAGUAUUCAGGAACAGGAUACUGCAGCAAGCCAUGACGGUCAUUAUGUGGCUGAGAUGCUCGAUGACGACGAUCAAGCCUGGGGACCACCUUCAAGGCGGAAGCGCAAGACCCGCUCCAAGUACUGAACAACGAUGCUCUUGUUGUUGGACGAAACUGCGACCACUAUACACGAGGAUACCUCUUGACAUGUAUCAUUAUUAUCUGUCCUUUGCCUGUAGCCGCGCCUCGUUUUGCUCUGCCCGGCUACGCAU